CUUAUUAAAUAGAUUUAUGUAGCAUCUGACUCAUGGGGAAUCAUUGGGAUGAGACAUUUGGCUCUUUAAGUCAGGGCACAAGUAUUGACAUACAAAGAAGCGACGGAAGAGUACAUGCAGCUGUCGUCGUGGAUCUAAACAAUGAAAAUGGAAUGGUCACAGUUGAAUGGUUCGAAAAAGGUGACACGAAAGGAAAAGAGAUUGAAGUCAGUCAGGUGAAGACUCUGAACCCUACAUUUUGGAACAAGCCAGUGAAUGAGAAGGAAAGCAACAAGCCCACUGCCAAAUUACCACACAAAGGAAAAGGAAGCAAAGGAGAUGAAAGUGUGGCAGUGGCUAGUCCGCGUAGUCACCAUGAUACCACAGUAUCUCAAAGUCAACCGAAGGGCUCUCAGGGAAGAGUGGCCACUCGCAAUGCUCACAGAAAGGAAAACGUCGUCCCCACACACCAGAACUCGAAGUCUGGUGCGGAUGAUGAGGUAAACUCAACAGUGAUCACAGGAGCCAAGUCACAAUCUAAUGUCUCUUCAACUGGACCACAUGGAGACGAACUGGAUGAUUCGUCUAUCCGGUCCAAUGGUGCUCCCAGGACCAAAAAUAUCCAGUUAUUUCGAGUACCAACAACGAGAAGGGCAGGUGCCGUGAACAAACGUGGAAUUUCUCGGCCAAAUUCAGUGAUUGUGAAGACGGAGGAAGAGGAAGAUCAGGAUGCUCCUCCCCCUGUUCCAGCGCGAGGUGUGGCAGUCUCUGGCAACAAUGUACAAAACAGUCCGGCAGAUGCGAUGUCAGGCGGAGUGAAGAAAGUGUUGCCGGGAGGCACGAGUUUGACUGUGUUGCCGCAACAAACGCCCCCUGCUGUGCAGAAUACUAACACGAUAAACAAAGUGGACUCACAACAGAAUAACAAAGAUGCCAAUGUGCGAAGGAAAUCCAACUGCGUGAAGGAAGUUGAGCGAAUGGAAAAGGAGCGUGAACAGCGUCGAGUGAACCAGCAGAAGAAGCGAGACGAGAAGGAACAGAUCAUGAACAAACUGAACAACGACGGCAACAAUCCCAACUGGGAGUUCUACAAGAUGAUCAUGGAGUUCCAGGACAGUCUGCAGUACAAUCCUUUGCAAGGAAACGAAGCGGUGUCAGAUCACCAGAUAUGUGUGGCAGUAAGAAAACGACCAAUGAGUACGAAGGAAAAGAAAAGGAGCGAGGUUGAUGUGUUGACUAUCCCUGAUAAACAGACACUAAUUGUCCACGAGCCGAAAGUAAAAGUUGACUUAACGAAGUUUCUGGAAAACCAGACAUUCAGAUUUGAUUACUCGUUUGAUGAGAACGUGGAUAAUAGACUGGUGUAUAAGUACACAGCUCAGCCACUUGUUAGGUCUAUCUUUGACGGAGGAAUGGCAACUUGUUUUGCAUAUGGACAGACGGGAAGUGGAAAAACACAUACGAUGGGCGGAGACUUCAACGGGAAGACUCAGGACUCAACCAAGGGCAUAUACGCUUAUGCAGCGCAGGAUGUGUUCAAACUACGUGAGUCUCCCAAGUAUGCGGGCCUGAAUCUUCUGGUUUCUUGUAGCUUCUUCGAGAUCUACAGUGCUAAGGUGUUCGAUCUCAUCAACGAGAAGAAGCGACUUCAGGUGCUGGAGGAUGGUAAGGCGGAAGUGCAUGUGAAAGGACUUAUGGAGGUGGUGGUGAACAGUGUGGAGGAUAUCAUGCAGCUGAUCCACUUGGGCAAUAGCACCAGGACUAGUGGCACCACAUCCAUGAACAACCACUCCUCCAGAUCACACGCUGUCUUCCAGAUCAUACUCAGGCCCAGCAAUCAAACGACCAAGUUACAUGGCAAGCUCUCUCUGAUCGACUUGGCUGGAAACGAGCGAGGCAAAGACACAAUCAGCUCAGACAGGGGCACCCGUCUGGAGGGAGCGGAGAUUAACAAGUCCCUUCUGGCCUUGAAGGAGUGCAUCAGAGCACUGGGCAAACCAGGCGCCCAUUUGCCUUUCAGGUCCAGUAAACUGACACAGGUGCUGAGAGAUUCAUUCAUAGGAGACAAUGCCAGAACAUGCAUGAUUGCUAUGAUCGCUCCAGUGUUUACUUCAUGUGAGCACACCCUGAACACAUUAAGAUACGCAGACAGAGUGAAAGAACUGGGUGUGUCUGCAGACGGGGGAACUAUUAUGGAAGAGGCCGAGUUAGAAGUCUAUGACCCUGAUGACCCCCUCAACUCCCCGAGUCCUUCGAGGAAUGGAACGGGAGGGGUGGUGCCUAUUCAGGGCACAACUGGGGGAGAGGCACCCAAAAAGAGACGUUCAAACAACAGUUCAAUGGGGCUGCUCAAAAAUGAAGACGUCGAGGCGAAGAUGAUGAGAACCCAUGAUGAUGAUGAGGAGGAGGAAGUUGGCGAGGACUGGUAUGCGAUGAUGCCCCUAUGUGACGAACUGAGAGAUAUGGAAGAGAAGCUACUGGAUAACGUCAGAGGACACAUCGAGCAAGAGAUGGACUUGUCUGAGCAGAAGAGGAAUCUGUACAACUCCACCAAUAGCCCAGACUACGACAUUGACGACUUCUCCGCCCAGAUGGAGCGAAUAGUGGACGGACAGCUGGAGGAACUGCUCAAAGUCAAAGAAGAGUUGGCCAAUAUCAGAAUGAAAAUUAAACAAGAGGAAGAGGCAGCGAAACAGAUCUCAACAAAGAAACAGCAGAAGCAGACCAGCAAAAAGUAGUCUAGUCCACCCACACUAGCCAAAUGCCCCUCACUCCCAACGCUCACCACACCACGCCAUAGACUCACGCAGGCGGAUAGGAUAAUUAACCGCGCCAGAAAUAUUAAAAAAACUGAAAAAUAGACGUAACUCAAAUGCAAUUAUUUAAUUCAACAACACAACUCACUCUUACUGCAGCGAAUUUAAUGUCGUUUCCCGCCUACGCCAAUUAACUAUAAUAUUUGACUGUAGAUAAAACGCAAUUUUUAUGUCAAAUCUUCAAUUUCAUAUCUAACUCAAACUUUUUGCGUUCUUUUUGAUGUUGUAUUUGAGAAGGGGGAAUGUGUUUUUGCUUUGCUGUAAACGCUGUACAAAAUGUGCUUUUCACCCAACGCCUUUUAAACUUCAUAAUUUUUAGUUGUUCAGAAAUUCCACCUUUUUUGGGCUACCAGGAUAAAAAUUGAAAACUCAUGUGUUGGUAUAAUGCCGUUGUAACGGCGAGGAUUAUCUUUGAAUCACUGUGCGCAUAAGAUAUGUCCAAUUUCGAAGUUUUUGAAGAUAAACUUUAAAUACUUAAUCUGAAGUUGCAAUACUUGUAAUUGUAAUAAAGGAAUAUUUUUGCAUAGAUUUCCCAUUUUUUCGCUGGAUUUGAAUGUGCCGUAGAAAUUUUGCAGAGUAGUUUUGUAUCCUAGCUUCCUAUUCCAUCCAUCCUUCUGCCUUCAUCUUAGUGUGAACAGAACAGUCCUCGGUGAACCUUUUAAAUCGGAGUUUUUGGCCGGCCUGUUUUCAAGGUCAUGUUUCUAACAAUUAAUGAAGGCGACUGAAAUUCGAACAGCAUUUAUAAAAUGUCACUUUUUAGCUUGAAUUUGAAUUGUUGAAAUUUGUAUGAUUUAACGAAAAAAUAUGCCCUGAGGUGUUAACGAGUCGCCUUCAUUUUCCUUUACUGUUUGGUGCUUUUGGAAAUUUUGAAGACCAAUUGAGUGUUAACACAAAUGGUUUCCUUGUAAAAAGAAGUUAGAUAUUAUUUUUGCUGUCUUUCAUUUGUUGCUAACUUAGAUGCAUAAUUAAGUUUUAUUCAAUUC